AUGCUUUUCAGCAACAAGUCACUCAUUACCUUUUCUACACUCCUUACUGCGGUUUUCGCGGAUUACAAUGGUACCCCAGAUGGCCACAAACAUCAACGAUGGAAUGAGACCGAGACCACGACUGUGGAGACUCAUGUCAAGCUGGUGACGGUGGUUAUCUCGAAGGCGGUGGCGACAACUUGUGUUACGACUGGGACGGAGUCAGAGAGUGGGAGUGUGAGCACGAUUCCGGCUUCGUCACUUACUCAAUCUGGGUCUUUGAGCGUUAUUUCUCCGUCCAGCGUUUCGACAUAUUCUGGACCUGGCUCUUCAUACAGUCUUUCCGAGUCUGGAACCGUCAGCAGCAGCAUUUCAACGGGUCCUUCGUCCAUCAGUGUAUCUUCCUCGACGACAUAUACAUGGGGCAAUUAUUCGUCCGUCUCGACCUCAAGUGUCUCUUCCAGCAAGCCAUAUGAGGUAUCAUCUUCUGCUACAUCGAGUAGCAAGGUCACUGGAAGUGUAUCUUCGGUCUCGUCAUCUUCAUCUACUCUUUCUGAAUCGCUGUCUUCAGUGUUAUCAAGCAGCUCGUCUUCUAGCAGCCCUCUGUCUUCAUCGUCCGCAACUUCUAAAGUCAGCCAGACAUCAAAAUCGACCGUUGGUACCAGUUCUGCGUCGAAGUCAAGUCUCACAAGCUCGCAAUCAUCGUCUCUGAGUUACAGCAAGAGCGUCUCUUCAUUCGUCAGCAAGAGCAGCACAACAGCCUCCGAGUCUUCCUCCUCCAUGUCUAGUUCAAGCCAGACUAGUUCCUCCAUCGUGUCGAAAUCCAGCUCACAGUCAUCUUCUACCCUGUCUAUCUCAAGUAAAAUCAGUUCCUCGUCGAGCAAGUCGUCAUCAAGCAGUCUCACAGCUUCCUCUUCUGUCGGCAAGACAAGUUCUUCGAGCUCUAGCUCAGUUACCAGCAGUAGCAAGACAAGCUCGUCGAGUUCCAGUUCUUUGACCAGUAGCAGCAAGUCUAGCUCCUCUAGCUUAAGCAGUUCAUCGAAGUCGUCCUCUGUGACAAGCACCAGCAAGUCUAGCUCAAGCAGUUCAUCCAAAUCAUCCUCUGUGUCAAGCACCAGCAGCACAUUAUCCUCCUCAAGUUCCAGCAGCAAAACCAGCUCAAUUAGUUCCAGCACGUCUUCGUCGUCGAUCACGAGCAGCAAGAGUUCGACAAGCAGCAAGUCCUCCUCGACUUCAUCAUCCUCGACCUCUUCUGCCACCCCUUCUCCUACAACAUGCUCUCAAUACUGGAUGGAAAGUAUCAAACAUCAGGGUAUCGCUCCUUUCAACGCUGCUCCCGGCAGCUACCAAGUGUUCCGAAAUGUCAAGGACUUUGGGGCUGUAGGAGACGGAGUCACCGAUGACACUGUUGCUAUCAACAAUGCCAUCUCGAGUGGGAACAGAUGCGCUCCCGGUUCCUGCGGAUCGUCAACCACCACGCCCGCCAUUGUAUACUUCCCAAAUGGAACCUACCUGGUAUCAAAUCCUGGUAUCAUUGACUACUACUACACUCAAAUCAUUGGGAACCCGAUCCCAGGUUGCAUGCCUACAAUCAAAGCCGCUUCAACGUUCAGCACUAGAUGGUUGAUUGAUGGCGAUCAAUACCAAGCUGGAGGAGCUUUUGGAUAUGGUCCGACAAAUGUUUUCUGGAGACAGAUUCGUAACUUCAUCAUCGACAUUACUGCAAUUCCAGCAACUUUUCAGGUCGCAGCCAUUCAUUGGCCUACAGCUCAAGCUACUUCUCUUCAAAACAUUGUGUUCCAGAUGUCUCAAGCUUCUGGUAAUCAACAUCAGGGUCUUUUCAUCGAAAGUGGUUCUGGAGGGUUCAUGACUGAUCUGAUUUUCAAUGGUGGAGCCCAAGGACUUUUCCUUGCUAACCAGCAAUUUACAAUGCGUAACCUUACAUUCAACAACGCUGCCACUGCCAUCAUGCAAGGAUUCGAUUGGAGUUGGACAUACAAAGGAAUUAGUAUCAACAAUUGCCAGGUCGGCAUUGAUAUGACUUCGGCCAGCGGCGGAAACCAAUCAGUUGGCGCAAUCGUUGUGAUUGACAGCGAUAUCACCAACACCCCGGUCGGAGUAUCCACUAUCCAUACCCUCACGAACAAUGCUCCAGCUACUGGUGGCAGCUUGAUCCUCGAGAACGUCCGCCUAAAGAAUGUCCCAACGGCUGUUCAAGGUACUGGUAACUCCGUUCUUCUUGCUGGAACGAGAGGCUCAACAACAAUUGCGGCUUGGGGACAAGGACACAAAUAUGGAGCAUCUGGCCCAGUUAACUUUCAAGGACCAUUUACUCCCACUGCUCGUGUACCAGGUCUCCUCUCUGGCUCCAACUACUACUCUCGCUCCAAGCCUCAGUAUGCUAACCUCCCAGUUUCAGCAUUCCUCAGUGUGCGAUCUGCAGGUGCCGCUGGUGAUGGAAAGACGGAUGAUUCUGCUGCUCUUCAAGCUGUUCUCUACAAAGCAGUAUCAAGUGGUCAGGUUGUCUACUUCGACUCUGGUGAUUAUCUUGUUACCACGACAAUCUACUUUCCACCAGGUGUCAAGGUCACCGGAGAAGCGUACCCUGUCAUCCUGUCCAGCGGUUCUUACUUUGCCGAUAUCACCAACACCAAGCCAGUUGUUCAAGUCGGGAAAGCAGGAGAUACUGGUACUAUCGAAUGGUCAGACAUGAUUGUCAGUACACAAGGUGCUCAAGCGGGAGCCAUCCUCAUCGAAUGGAAUUUGGCCUCGACCGCCGCAGGCAUGUGGGAUGUUCAUACUCGUAUUGGUGGUUUCGCAGGAUCCAAUCUCCAGCUUGCAGAAUGUCCAGUCACAAACACGACAACCAUCACAGCCGCCAAUGUUCCGAAACAGUGUAUCGCAGCUUUCAUGAGCAUGCACGUCACCUCCUCGGCUACAGGCCUGUAUAUGGAGAAUUGUUGGCUUUGGACUGCGGACCACGAUGUUGAGGACCCAAAAGAGACACAAAUCACAAUUUACUCCGGCCGUGGCCUUUUGAUCGAAAGUGCUGAAGGGCUUAACUGGUUGUAUGGGACUGCAGUUGAGCAUCAUUCCUUGUAUCAAUACAGUCUCGCCAACACGGCCGACCUCUUCAUGGGCUUCAUUCAAACUGAAACAGCGUACUACCAGCCCAACCCAGAUGCUACAGUUCCUUUUCCCACAAACGCAGCCUACAGCGACCCAACAUAUGUGGCUGGACAAUCUGGCUGGGGUCUUCAUGUCUCUCAAUCUCACAACGUUACAGUUUAUGGACAAGGCUUGUACAGCUUCUUCAGCAACAACAACGUUGAUUGCUCCAAUCAAGGAAACGGGGAGACAUGCCAAACCAAGAUCUUCUCAGUGGACACGUAUUCAGCAGCUAGUAUUGCCGUUUAUGGAUACAGUACAGUGGGCACGACGAACAUGAUUACACUUGGUGGAGCAGAUAUUGCAGUGUAUUCUGAUAAUUUGGAUGGUUUUGUCGAUACUAUUGCGUUGUUCAGGGAGUAUUGA